AUGUGCUUGCAAAAUGAUAGCUUAAAUUCCUCUCAUUAUGUCUCAGUAUCUGAAAUAUUUAAUGAUUUAUUAUACAAGAGCAGUGUAGCUAAACUUAAGCUUAUGACAGAUAUAGAUGAGUAUUUAAUAGUUAAGAAGGAUAUUCAUGAAGAAAUAUUAAGAAAAGUAGAUCCUGAAGAAAUUCCAAAUAUUCAAAAUAUAGCAUCAGAUGUGAAAAUAGGUUAUAUACUUGAAGUUGAUUUAGAAAUUCUAGUACAUUUACAUACUACUUUGCAGAUUAUCCAUUAG